CAUAUAUAAGGCAGCAGAAGCUGUCCGGGGGUUCACUGCAGUCGGCUGAUUCAUCUGAGCGAAUCCACUCUAGUCUUAAAGAUAACCUUGAGUUAAAAAUGGCAUUCGCCGGAUUUCUGAGUGAUGCUGACAUUACUGCAGCCAUUGCAGCUUGCAAAGCCGCUGACUCCUUCAAACAUAAGGAAUUCUUUGCCAAGGUCGGCCUGGCUGCCAAGUCUGCUGAUGACAUCAAGAAGGCCUUCGCCAUCAUUGACCAGGACAAGAGCGGCUUCAUUGAGGAGGAGGAGCUGAAGCUGUUCCUGCAGAACUUUUCUGCCGGUGCCAGGGCUCUGACUGAUGCAGAGACCAAGACCUUCCUGAAGGCUGGUGACUCUGAUGGCGACGGCAAGAUCGGAGUUGAUGAGUUUGCUGCCAUGAUCAAGGGGUAAACUGUCCAACACCUGACUUCACAACUCUAAAGGAACAACUUGAGCCAAAGACAUCCUUUUCUUCUCUUCUUCUCCUCUUCCCAUUCACUCAUCCCUUGUAGACUCUGUAACACUUUUAUACGUUUGACUUUUGACCCUGACCAUUCGGACAACUCUCUCUCUCUCUCUCUCUCUCAGGCCGUGCUCACCCUAGUGAUAUCCCCAAUGAAUGUACCUGACUAAAUGUAUGGCGUGGCUGACUUGUGUCUUUCUCUCUCUCUCUCUCUUACUUCUGUUGUCAUUUUACUGUGUGAGUUUUGCAUGCUGUGAAAUCAACAAUGAUGCACUUUUA